CGUGGCCUUAUUUUCUUGGACAGAUUUUGGGCAGAGUAAACCAUCUCGUUUAGUCUCGUCCUCUCUGGUAAGGUUUGUCCCUGGCCUGACCGACACCGGUAUUUGUUUACUUUACUGAGCGCAGAGAAGGACGAUAUUUUAAGGGGCUGUCGUCGUAUGGGAAAACCCGAAAGCGCAAUUUAUGCACCCUCAGCGACCCAGGAAAUCGAGCUUAGAAUAAAUAGAGUACUUUAUGAACGUUUUUAUUAUAUAGACGAAACGCGGCCUUUUUUUGUUGCGUCUAGGCCUAUUUGGAUAAGUGAAUUGCUUCGAAUAGCCAAUCCGAAGUGGGCGAAAAUCAGUGUUUUCAGCAGUAACCUACAGAUUCAAUGAUCCGUUCUCCAAUUUGAGAUUGUAGUAAAAUAACCCACAUAAAAUAUAAUGGCAGCCUCAACAACUGCCCGGAGAAUGCCGAUGGGUGUGCGGACAUUCAGUGAAUUUCUGGAGAUUGCUGUUGGCUCAGGUCGCUCACCUUGUCACACCGCGUGGUCAAGAGAACAUAUGAGACAAACCAUCAGACACUUGUCGUCAUGUGGUAUUGUAAUGACCAGGACUCCCAGAGUGCUUUACCACCAGCAGGACUGGGACAUGAUGACAUCAGUUCCCCACAGCAGAACCUUCAUGGGGUUCACCAAUAAGAGAAAGGAGUACUCAGAGCGGAGAAUACUGGGGUACUCUAUGCUGGAGAUGUAUGAUGUGGUAGCCAACGUGGAUGACUACAAACUCUUUGUCCCCUGGUGUAAGAAGUCCCAGACCAUCAUGAAGAGGGCAGGCCACUCCAAAGCUCAGCUGGAGGUGGGGUUCCCACCCAUUGUAGAGCGAUACACAUCCAUGAUCAGUGUGGUGCGACCCCACAUGGUCAAAGCGGUGUGCACAGACGGAACACUUUUCAACCACCUGGAGACAAUAUGGCGCUUCAGUCCUGGCAUCCCUGGUUAUCCCCGCACCUGCACUGUGGACGUUUCGCAAGAAUCCCGGACUCAUAAGAAAUGUCUCAAUACUUCAAAGCAACUUCCUGUCUUUAUCCAGCCUCCGGCAUCAAACACAGGUAGUAGUACUACUUUUGAAUCUAAUUGCACUUGACAAGUAGAAGCAAUGUAGUACAAGCCACAAAGCUAGGUGUUGAUGCCAUAUUGCAUUCAUUUACCCAGUCCUUUCUUAUCAGUGAGCUGUAAGAGACUGGAUAUGGAAAAUGAAACCAUUAAGUGUGUGUGAAUGUAAGGCAAUUGCAUUUGUGUGCAUGUUGUGUGUAUUGUAAAUGGAAGUGGAAUGAAUCAUCCUACUGUAUUCAUAAUUGGGCCUACCAUUACUUAUUAUUUCAAUUAGUUCUAAGUGAGCAAUAAUGCACAGAUGGGUGUUGAGACCCAUAGAGUGUAUGAGCAUAGUAUGCUGUUUGAGUUUUGCAUGCUGAUCAGUUGUUUUGCCUGUUAAUCAUACUUUAGUGUGUAUGCAUUUCCACCUGUAGCUAUGGUAUCAGCUGUACAGCAAACACUACAGUGUUCUGUGCUCUCCUUUUCUUUUCCAUUAGAAAUUCUGGUUUUGACAAUGAGCAACUGGACACUGCUCAAUACAAAAUGAGUUAUCAAUGGAAUAUUGGGAAUAGGUGUGCAUGCAAUGUAGUUAUAGAGCCAAAGAUAUUUCCACCACUCGUAAAUGAGUUGUUUAAAAAAAUAAAAUGGGAUUGUUCCCGACUAUAUACUUUUUGAGAAUCAUGGGAGUGUAAUGUAAUCUAGCCAUAAAUCACUGCUUUCAGAAGUUGUGGCAUGUAGCAAGCUGUUCAGGUCACCUUUGGGAUUUGCUCAAGUUAGAAAACUUUGGCAGGUGGUGUAGAGCUGUGGGGACUCUUAAGAAUGCCUUGGUUUGUCGCUAUGUAGCAAGGGACGUGCAGGGGUGAGUGUGAUGCGGCCUUUUCAAAAGGAAACCAAAGCGCAAGCAACGAGAGCGGCGUGUUGGUAUCUGGGCCAGUUAUUAAUAACGACACAGAGGAGAUAGUUAAAAUACCUAUUUUCCUAUUAUUACAAAUCUCCUGUAAACCACCAUAUCCAUGACACUCAAAUCACAAAAUAAGAAAAACAAUUACUUGCAUGAUACUUCACCUAACCAGAACAAUAUCAAUUGAUUGUUGAGGACAUUAAAUAAAGUUCACUAAAAGCCCCACUUCCUUGUUAAUAAUUCAGCUAUCAAGCCUUGUAAACAGAGCCUCAUGACUACAGUUGGCCCUUACGCAACAGCGGUUGACACUAAUUGGUUGUUUCAGUGUGUGUAACAUUAUCCUCUGGCUGGUCUCAUGACUGCAGUUCUUCAGAGGCAGAGCUGAGACUUGCUGGGCAGAUUUGACACUGUCCUUAUGGUAAACCGGCUGGUUGUGUGUGCUUCUACAUGCACAGUAUAUUCCUUCAUUUCAACACCUAGAAAUCCCAGACUAUCAAAAUCCUAUCAUGUACAGUCAUCCAGGAAUGGAUUACCAGUGACUUUUGAAGUUUCCAUCUGUUAUUGAAUAAAGCUAGUCAGUUUCCAACCUCUUUACACACAAUUAAAAACAAACACAUGACA